GGGUUGACAUGGGGCAGUUAGAAAAGGGGUGUGGAAAGAGCUGAGGAAGGGAGGCUGAAGGAGUGGGCUCAUAUAAAGAGAGACGGAACACAAGACAGGCUUUAUCCUUCUCGUCUGUCCUGAUCUCUCAGACCUCGCAAGGGAACCCCCGAUUUCCCUGGCCCACCAGCUCGCCCUUCCUUACCACAGUUUUUUUUCUUACAGACCCACACACAGAAAGUCCUGCCAGACGCGUCGAAACCAACCAGAGAGGAUGGCUGCAUGCAUUUGGAGAAUGAAUGGGCUCGGCAGACGCAUGACUGGAGUUCUGCUGCUCUGCGCUCUAUUGUCUAGCAAUGAGGUGAUGAGUCAAACUUCAUCAGAUGCACCAGCCACAGGUGCUGCAGUGGCUGACUCUACUGCUGCCGCUGACUUAACUCUUGCUGAACAAAGCAAUCCUGAAUCUCAGACUGAUGAACCCAGUGCUAAUUCUACACCUCCUGCUGAUGCUGAAGUACCUGUCGUAAACACCAGAACCGAAAGUCUGAAUGGAGGUAUUGUGCAGACCACCCACGCCCCUGGUGUUGAUGUCUCUACAAGUAUUUAUGUAGCUAAGCAGAUUGGUGUGGAGUGUGUUGGAGAGGGGGAUAUCCAUGAACCGAGUGCUGUCGAGGUUAGAUUAACAGAAGCUAAAGACUGCGGAGCAAUACUAGAUAUUUUUGAGGAAACCAAAUCACAUUGGUGCCACUCUGAAACAUGUGAUCUGAAGAUUUUAACCAAGGACAACCUUGUCUUGGUGAGCAGCAGUAAUACUGAACAGGCUGCUUUGGUUAGAGCCCUGCAAGCUGAACAUAUGAAAAGCAAGUUGAGUUCAACUGAAGUUGUGGUUCCAUCAUCAUCAUCAUCAUCUGGUUCUUCUGUGUUCGUGGGAAUACUGGUCACUGGUCUUCUUGCUGCCGUUGGGAUCAUUGUGGGGUACUGCAAGUGUCAACGGAGGCCUGACACCAAGGGCGCAAAGCUGGCUGAGGAAACGUACCCAGUGGAUCCGGAGAAUCAGGGGAACACCCUUGCGUCCGAGGCCCCCCUGAACCCCCCUCCAGAAACUCAGGAGAAGCCCAGCAUUAAUGGAGAGUCCCUGGAGGCAGUGAAGACAGAGACCUCCCCUCCCACCAACGGCCACUCCACUGCGAAAACGGCAGACACGGAGCUGUGAAAUCACCCCACAACUGCUGCAGUCUAGGAACUUCCUCCGGCUAAUACAUCUAUCCUCACAGAUGCAUACAUGCCCACACAAAGGAAUUUGCUCUCUCAUCCUGCUCAAGCGCAGAGGCCCCAGCAAAGCAAACAGUGGGGAUUAUACUAACCUCACUUAGAGCUGCACGGCUUUGUUACACACCUCUUCCUCUUAGGCUGCUUGCCUCAACAAACAUCAGGAAAACUAGUCUGAUGAUGAUAACAUUGGCAGAGAAACACGAUGCAGACGAAGAUUCAGUCCCUGAGUUUUUGACGGCAGUCAGACUGAGACUAACAACAAGAGGUCGGCAGCUCUUUUUUUUUUUUUUUUUUUUUUUUUUUUUUUAGGGUCAGGGUUAAACCCUUUUUGUUUCACAUUAAUCAGUGCAAACUAUUGUAAAGACUGCAGCUGGUGAUUUACCGUUGAAUCAAGCACAAAUCGUCUGGUUUAACAACACAAAUAUUAAUCCUGUAAUAUAGCACAAACAAAUGAAUUUUAAAAAGUCUUGAAAAGGUUUUCAUUUUAAAGACAAAAACAGAAGCAAAUCCUGCUAAAUUUAUGAAAUCUGCUUACAAAAAUAUCUGGAAAAAAAACAACCCCACUGUACAUGUUCAAAUGCUUUGGCUGUAUAUAUCAGUACCUGCAUCUAGGCUAGCCUUUCAUUUUGUAUCUUAUCUAUGACGACUUGAUAACGUAUGAAAGUUUUUUUUGAGUAACGUUUUGGAAUGACGAGUGUGAAUAUGAAUGUGACAUUAACCAUGAAAUCUGUACAGUUUUGUGAAAUUAGUUGACAGUUGAAGAAGAUGCUAAGUUUCUCUUUUCACCUUUGAAGAGUUUGAACCCCCGAGGAAACCAUCAAAUCAAACCCAGGGGUGACCAACCAAACAGAAAACAGACCAAAAGAUAAUCACUGUCAGCUCUUUUUGUCAUGUUUGUCAGUGUUAUUCUCGUUUCAGUAUAUAACGGCGUUGUUUAUCCACAUUACGUAGAUGUAGCUGUGCCUCAUGUCAGUUCAUAACCCACGUUGUUCUCAAAAAAAAAAAUACGAUUUGUUUCUGACUAAACAAUGUUUGAUCGUCACCAUAGUUAAGGUUGUGACAGCUGUUUUUCAUUAUUAUAAUUAUUAUUAUUCCUAUGUUGUUUACUUUGCCUAUUUUUUGAAUGGUUUUUAAUACAAAGGCUUGAAUUUUGUAAAACUAAUAAACAAUCACAAUUUCUCCUC